CCUGCCCCCUCCCUGGAAAGGUCUGGCGAUAGCCGAGCAAAACCCUCUCAGACUGAUCUUCCGACCAGGGACGGUGGGAAGGACACUGACUGCCCUCUGCCUACCCACGGACCCGCGCCCGAGACCAGGCGGGAUCGACCUUCAGCCUCCGAGGGCCUCGCUGUCGCCUGAGGCCACAGCGGCGCUACUAGAUAGCGGAGUGGCCCGUCGCCCACACAGGUGCCCAGGUGUAGCAGUAGAUUUCCUCAUGACAAUGUCUGCCAUUAAGAUUGAGUGCGUCCUGCCAGGGAACUGCCGGUUAGGUGAGUCUCCGGUGUGGGAGGAAGCGUCCAACUCUCUGCUCUUCGUAGAUAUUCCUGCAAAAAGGGUUUGCCGGUGGGAUUCGCUCAGCCAGCGAGUGCAACAAAUGACUGUGGAUGCCCCAGUCAGCUCUGUGGCCCUCCGCCAGUCGGGAGGCUAUGUUGCCACAAUUGGAACAAAGUUCUGUGCUUUGAACUGGGAAGAUCAGUCAGCCAUUGUGCUGGCCACAGUAGAUAAAGACAAGAAAAACAAUCGAUUCAAUGACGGGAAGGUGGAUCCCGCUGGGAGAUACUUUGCUGGCACCAUGGCUGAGGAAACAGCCCCAGCAGUGCUGGAGCGGCACCAAGGGUCCCUGUACUCCCUCUUUCCUGAUCACCAUGUGGAAAAGUACUUUGACCAGGUGGACAUCUCCAAUGGUUUGGAUUGGUCUCUGGACCACAAAAUCUUUUAUUACAUCGACAGCCUGUCCUACUCCGUGGAUGCCUUUGACUAUGACCUGCAGACAGGAAAGAUCUCCAACCGCAGAAGUGUUUACAAGUUGGAGAAAGAAGAACAAAUCCCAGAUGGAAUGUGUAUCGACGCUGAGGGGAAACUCUGGGUGGCCUGUUACAAUGGAGGAAGAGUGAUUCGUUUAGAUCCUCAGACAGGGAAAAGACUCCAAACUGUGAAGUUGCCUGUUGAUAAAACAACCUCAUGCUGCUUUGGAGGGAAGGAUUACUCUGAAAUGUAUGUGACCUGUGCCCGAGAUGGAAUAGACCCUGAGGGUCUUUUACGGCAACCUGAAGCUGGUGGAAUUUUCAAGGUGAUCUGGCAAUUUCUUUUCUUGUAUGGGUGAUGUGGGAGAUCCUCG